CAAAAGAAAGUAUGAAGCCUUUUACAUUAUAUAAGCUAUCUUGAUGGCAAUUAUUUUAACCAGGAGGGUUUCGCCUGUUGAUCCACCUCUAUGGAUUACCGAUCUUUAUGUUCUCUUCUCCUUCUUUGUGUCUUAUUUUCUUGCUUCUCUUUCACGGCCUCCAUGGUAAACUUCUCCUUCCCGUCCUUCCCACCCAAUGACAACAACAUCACUGUUCUUCCAUCAGCUACAAGAGCUGUCGUUGAUGGGCACUCAUCAAUACGACUCACUGAUAAUCAGAUUCGUGGGGACGUAUUUAAUGACACAAGCCGAGCUUACUACCGCCAACCCAUCCAACUGUGGAAUCCCAUUACAAAUAUAACCACAAAUUUCACUACUUACUUUGAGUUCGUAAUCAAUUUUAUUGAUUCUUCUUCAAGCAACUUGAGCUCCGGUGGGAUUGCGUUCUUUCUGACUUCAGAAGAUUCUUUGGAUAUUCCUGAAAAUUCUUUUGGAGGUUGGAUGGGCCUCUUCAACGAGACAACUGACGGAAAUCCAUCCAAUCAUAUGGUAGCUGUGGAGUUCGAUACAUACCAAGAUCCAUGGGAUCCUAGUAACAACCAUGUCGGUAUUAACGUGAACUCCAUCGUCUCCAGGACUAACCUUACCUGGAGCAAUACUAUGGUCUCUGGGGACAUUUUGGGUGCAACAGUCUCAUAUGAUGGAACGUCCAAGAAUCUCAAAGUAGUGUUGAAUGAUCCAGAUGUUCCUAUGAUGGCUAACGCAUCCUUAAAUCUCACUUUAAAUGUAAAUUUGAGGGAUCUUCUUCCGGAAAAAGUGAUCGUGGGCUUCUCUGCAUCAACCGGACAAGCAAUUCCAAUUCAAGUGCUCCGGAGUUGGAACUUUAGUUCGACUUUGGAUCUUGACACAAUUGCCAUCCCAGAUGGAGGGAAUUCUAAGGUGUGGUUGGCAGGAUUAAUAAUAGGAGUGGUACUUUUGGUUGCUGGGAUGAGUUUUGUCUUUUGGAUUUUGCGAAGGAAUACAAAGAGAAAGGAGGUAGCAGAUGAUGACGACGACGACGACGAAAAAUACAUUAUAGACCCCAUGGAUGACGAUCUAAUAGAAGGGACAGGACCAAAACGGUUUGCCUACAAGGACUUAGCCAUGGCAACUGAUAACUUUUCGGAGGAGGGGAAGCUUGGUCAAGGAGGUUUUGGAGGCGUAUACAAGGGUUUCUUGGCAGAACUAAACAUAGAAAUUGCAGUCAAGAAGAUAUCAAGCAGCUCUAGCCAGGGAAAAAAGGAGUAUAUUUCUGAGGUGAAGACCAUAAGCCGUUUGAGACACCGGAAUUUGGUUCAACUGGUUGGUUGGAGCCACAAGCGGGAAAGCUUCCUCCUAGUAUACGAGUACAUGCACAAUGGAAGCCUAGAUCAUCAUUUAUUUCGCAGGAAAAGUCAUCUUUCAUGGCCCGUGAGAUACAAGAUCAUUCAGGGUUUAGCCUCCGGAUUGCUCUAUCUCCACGAGGAAUGGGAGCAAUGCGUGGUUCAUAGAGAUAUCAAAUCAAGCAAUGUGAUGUUGGAUUUGAACUUCAACGCCAAACUAGGGGACUUUGGCCUAGCGAGGUUUGUUGACCAUGGACUGGGCUCUCAGACAACGGUUCUGGCGGGGACACUGGGCUACAUGGCUCCGGAGUGUCUCAUCACAAGCAGGGCUAGCAAGGAAUCAGAUGUGUUUAGCUUUGGGGUGGUGGCAUUGGAGAUGGCUUCUGGGAGAAAAGCAGUGGAGCCUCGGGCAGAAGAGGAAGAAGUUAGUUUAGUCAAUUGGGGGUGGAAAAUGUAUGGAAGGGAAAGGAUUCUGGAAGUAGCAGAUGCAACACUAAAUGGGGAGUAUGAGAAGGAGGAGAUGAAAUGUUUGAUUACUGUUGGAUUAUGGUGUGCUCAUCCAGAUCACAAUUCAAGACCUUCUAUAAGGCAGGCUAUUCAGGUUCUUAAUUUUGAAGCACCAUUGCCUAGCCUUCCAUCCCAAAUGCCUCUGCCCUCCUAUUAUCCAUCUGCAGCAAUGGCUUCCAAUGAAUCCUUGUUUACUUGGACAGGCGGGGCUACUGGCAAAACUGCUACACCAUUAACGACCUGAAGCUAGAUCGAGCAAAGACGAUAAUUGCAUAUUUUCCUUUGUGUUGAAAAUACUUUCUUGAUUUGAGCGAUUGGACAGUUUAUUAAGUAGUAAAAGCUUCUGAUUUUGAUGAAUUUCCCUUGUUCAUAUCUUUGAUUCGGUUUUUUUGUUUUGGGAGGCAUUCGAUCUCUUCAAUGUAGCUUUCCAUUUUGUUUUCAUAUACUCAUUGCUUAAAUCAUUCUCGCUCUUAUUGUCGGGUUUGGC